AUGCCGCUACAACAAAUCCGAAAUCAAGGCAUCUUCCAUGGCCUGCCUGUCUACCCGGACGAACAUUCUGGGUUGACGGCGGUGAUCACCGGAGCAAAUGGCAUAAGUGGCAGUUAUAUGCUCAGAGUUCUAUCUGCAGAUCCCAAAAGAUGGAGACGAAUUGUAUGCCUUAGUCGUAGACCUCCUCUCGUCGAAGGCGGUCUUCCCAAUCACGUUGAACACAUACCAUUGGACUUUCUCAAAGAACCCUCGGAGAUCACUCAGACAUUGAAAAACAACCGAGUCCAAGCAGACUACGUAUUCUUCUUCAGUUACAUUCAGCCAACUCCCAAACCCGGGGCAGGCUUGUGGACCAACGCCCAAGAUCUAGUCGACGUCAAUUCCAAGCUCCUCUGCAACUUCCUCGAAGCGAUGAAAAAGGCCUCCAUUACCCCAAAACGGUUCAUGCUCCAGACAGGGGCCAAGAACUACGGAGGUCAUCUCGGACCCACGAGACUUCCACAAGAAGAGACCGAUCCAAGGGUUCCCGAUGAGGAUAAUUUCUAUUAUUUCCAGGAGGACCUCUUAUUCGCCUGGUGCAAAGAGACCGGCUGCGGCUGGAACAUCCAUAUGCCGGGCCCAAUCGUCGGUGCUGUCCCUAAUGCAGCGAUGAACUGUGCAUUCCCUCUCGCAGUUUAUGCCUCUGUCGCGAAAAAGCUGGAUCAAGCGCUAGUGUUCCCUGGGGAUAUCAGUUCCUGGCAAAUGCCGCAAUCCAUGUCUUCUGCGCAGUUGAAUGCCUAUCAGGAAGAAUGGGCUGUAUUGCUAGGACCUAGAGAUCAGAAGUACAAUACUUGCGACAACUCGGCUUUUACUUGGGAGAAAGCUUGGCCGAGAAUUGCGGGUUGGUUUGGGAUUGAGGCGAGAGGACCUGAAGAUGGCGAUGUGUAUGAGGAAGUUGAGUCGAGGUUUCUUCCCAGAGGAUAUGGACCGAAGGGCAUCACAAGGAGGAAAUUCCGCACUGUCGAUUGGGCGAAAACGGAAAAAGUUCAGAAGGCCUGGAAGGAACUGGCGGAAGAAUACGCACUCAGGGACGGACUUCUAGAAGAUGUUGAUAGGGUGUUUGGGUUCCUGGAUGGAACGCUGUGCAGAGCAGCUCCGCUUCUUUUCAGCAUGGACAAGAGCCGAAAGCUUGGAUGGCAUGGCUUUGUUGAUUCUUCAGAGGCGAUGCUCGAUACCUUCCAGGACUUUGCCAAGCUGAAAAUGGUGCCUCCUAUUCCGAUGACGAGAGUGAGCUUCAACUGA